AUGGAUAAACACCAAGCCAAUACUCCUUCUCCUGCCCCAAAUGGGUUCCCCAAGGAAAUUGAGCCUUCUCAGGGGUCCCAGGGAGAUACUACGAUCGAGCAUGAUCUCGAGCAUGAACUCGAACGCGCCGAGCCUUCCCAGCUUGAAACUGGAAAUCCUACCGACACUGAUCCGGAUCUCGUUGAAUGGGAUGGCCCUAACGACCCAGAGAAUCCUCAAAACUUCUCUGUGCUGAAGAAAUGGAUCAUCACAGUGACCAUGUCUAUGUUGACUGUUUGGAUUACCUUUUCUUCCAGUAUCUUCUCAACUGCUACCACUGCUACUGCCAAGGAGUUCAAUGUUUCCACCGAGGUCAUGACCCUGGGUACAAGUCUCGCCCUUUUCGGUUUUGCUGUAGGUCCUCUCGUCUGGGCUCCAAUGAGUGAACUGUAUGGACGUCGUCUACCUCUCUUCAUCGGAUACACCAUUUUCACCAUUUUCCAAAUUCCAGUUGCCGUCGCCCACAACAUCCAGCAGAUCAUGAUAUUCCGUUUCCUUAUCGGCAUAUUCGGAUGCUCUCCUCUCGCAGUGGUCGGUGGUGCAAUGGCCGAUCUCUGGAAUCCUGUUGACCGUGGCGUCGCCAUCGCCUUGUUCAGUGCUGCUACUUUUCUCGGACCAAUCAUUGGUCCCAUCAUGGGUGGUUUUAUCACACAGUCAUACCUCGGCUGGCGCUGGACUGCCUGGAUUACACUCAUCGCAGCUGGUUUCUUCGGAGUUGUUGCUUUCUUUGUCGUUCCCGAGACCUACGGUCCGAAGAUCCUCCAAAAUCGAGCUGCUCGUCUGCGUAAGGAGACCGAGAACUGGGCUCUUCACUCAUUCCUCGAUGGACACAAACCUACCUGGAAAGAUCUUGUGACAAAGUACUUGCUUCGCCCCAUUCAGAUGCUUCUCCUGGAACCCAUUCUCUUCUUCGUUACCAUCUAUCUCACCCUGGUCUACGGCAUCCUCUAUCUAUUCUUCGAGGCCUACCCCAUCUCCUUCAUCAAAGUUCGCGGCUGGACAAACCAAGGACUAGCCUCCCUCCCUUUCAUCGGAAUUAUGAUCGGUGUCGUUCUGGGUUCCCUUUUGAUCAUCUACACAACUAAGACCCGCUUCGCCCGCAAGUUAGCUGAAGAGGGACAUGUUGUCCCUGAGGAGCGCCUCGUUCCCAUGAUGAUUGCAUCUUUCCUCCUCCCUAUCGGCAUUUUCUGGUUUGGCUGGACUGCACACGUUUCGUCUUGGGUUCCACAGGUCCUCGCCGGUAUUCCAAUGGGAAUGGGUAUCCUGGUACUCUUCAUGCAGGGUCUGAACUACAUUAUCGAUGUUUACCUGAUGUUCGCCAACUCAGCUAUCGCUGCUAAUACUUUCGUCCGUUCAAUGGUUGGUGGUGGAUUCCCGCUUUUCGCUGGUGUUAUGUAUGAUCGCCUUGGUGUGGGCUGGGCUUCUAGUGUUCUGGGUUUCAUCUCUGUGGCUAUGAUUCCCAUUCCUAUCUUGUUCUUCAUUUAUGGAGCCAAGAUUCGUGGCAUGAGCCGUUUCAGCCCUAAGUUCUAG